AUGACCUGUCAGCCCCUCAGAAGUCCGAUCUCGACCAAAAAGGCGACUUCUAAUUCGUCUGACAGCAUUUCGAGCCAAUCUCCACCCUUGGGCGCGUCCUCAUCUUGUCUAGACUCUGAUUCGCAGCCAGAAAUUUAUGGAGAUGGCGAUUUUGGAGCUGAAAUUGUAGAUGAAGAACCUCGAUGUGCAGCUUGUUCGUCCUUUGGAAAUGGAAUUGGAAUUGUUUCGAAUGAUCACGAUGCGCAAACCAGCUAUGUCAGCACUCAAGUAAGCGUGUUUAAUUUUAUUGCUUAUUUUUAGGUUCCAAUGAAUGAACGGGUCUAUCAAAUUGUGAAACAGACAUGUAUAAGAUCUCUGAGUGUGGAGAUCUCGUCGCCAUUAUUUAUGGAACCAAAUUGUUCUGACAAUUCUAAAGUCAUAAAGAAUGAAGAUUUUGAUAAGGAAGGAGCUGUGUUGUAUGGAGAUCAGGAGAAUGGAUAUACUCUUUCUUAUACAUUCAAGUAAGCCUUUUCUUACCUAAAAUUUUGAAUGUUCAUUUUUUAGGCUCAGGGACGCGAAAGCAAGAGGAUUUCAUCGGUCUUACAGUUUAGUUGUGGUCAGCAUGGAUCACUACAUGCUUCUCAACAAUUACGAUUUCUUUUUGAACGGAUUUGCAGCUGUUAUAACGCGACUCCAGAAUCAGGCCGUGGAGGUUUUCGCAAUGGAACAAGAUCCGGGCGGUGAUGUGGCAAUGGCAACGGCUGUAAAUAGAAUUGGGCUCAUGCCGACCACCUUUUUUCCCAAGAAAUUCUCGCUGGAUACUUCUAGAAGUCUGACCACAAUUGUAAAUAACAAUGAAAUUUAUCAUGUUUUGCAUCGGUGAGUUUUCCGAAGUUACAGUCGACGACUUUUACAGACAAAUGUUGUUUUUACUACGAACACAGACUGCAUUGUUAAGAGAUACGGUACUCGAAGGGGUCCCAACUCAGGAUAUGUUGGUAUCCAUGGAAAGAGAUUACCAUCCUUUGGACGAGACGGACGUCAUUACCUCGUUUUCUUCUCAACAGACCAUAUGUCACAUCCAAACGCUCAAAUAUUUAUCCCGAAGACUGGCUGAUAUGAACAUGAACUUUUUAAUGUCUCUGAUCUGGUGUCUUGUUGUUGGAGAUCAAGUAAGUUCUUGUUCUACGAGGGAUAUUGCUGAGUAUGAUCUCCUAAGCGCUUUACUUUCAGUUGAUUGUCAAGUCAGACGAUCAUUUGGCUCGGAAGUUAUUCUUGUUUGCCUUUGCCCAUCUCCUUCCGAUGGGUUGUGUUAAGAUAACUUCCAAUUCUAAUGUUUAUGUUGAUUAUUAUAAGUAAGUUUUGUGUUCUUUUAUCUAAAAACAUUUGUAGAAGUAACUUUGUUGGAUGUAAAUUAGAGACCGUGAUUCCACCGGACGAAUUUUCGUCUGCCUAUGUGGUUUCUCUGAAGACUGAGCCGCGAACUGAGAUCCUGGAGAAUAUGGGAUUUGAAAUUAUUGUUGAAAAUAUGCCCAAGAAGUCGACAAAGAAACCAAAGAUUGUUGAUCGCUAUUUCAAAGCUCUCACUGGUAAGAUUACAUUAUGGCUUCACAUUUUGAUUAGAUUUGGACAUAAACGAACAGGUUUUGUUAUCUAUCAUCAGCUCCACUCGAUCCGAAUGGUUAAAUCAUGCUAAAUUGGUAUUUCAAUUAAGCCGACAACGAGAGAAAAUAAAUCUGGACAAUGUUCUCAGUAUUGUGGGAUGUUCCGAAUGUGUAAGUUGAAACAGAACAGUCAGUCCGUAGUUAUACAUCAAGAUCAAAGGCGUUUUUUGUUGACGGUUCUUUUGUUGCAGGACUCCCCGGUGUUAAAGUUCUUCCAGGCCGGUCUCUCUCAGCGUUACAAACAGGCCGUUCUUACCACGAUCACAUCCUCAACCCGUUGA